AUGGCGCUCGAACUGACGUUCGGCUCCGACGAGUGGUGCGACGACGUCAUCAACUCCUCUGGCCGCGUCGCGCUCGUGGCCAACGCGACGAGCAAGGUCGUCUUCUGCGACGGCGCGGCCGUGCACGCCGAGGCCGGCGGCACGGGCGGCGCCGACGGGCUGGCGGAGAAGGCCGCGGCGACCUUCGAGCCCGACGACCUCGAGGGCGAGAUCAGCGCCGUGGCGGGCGUCUUCUGCGACGACGACCAGGCGACGCUCUUCAAGGCGCCGCUCGUCGCCUGCUGCUGGAACGCGGCGGGCACGCUCUGCGCCGCGGUCUCCGCGGAGCGCAACGUCUCCGUCUGGGACGUGGCCACGGGCGCGCCCAUCCUCAUCUACGGCUGCGACCUGGCCAUCAAGGCCUUCGCGUUCUGCUCGUCGGGCGGCGCGGAGAGCCUCGUGCUCGCGUCCGCGGACGGCGCGCUCGCCGUCGCGGGCGUCGUCGGCGCCGACGAAGAAGAAGAAGAAGACGACGAGGAAGACGCCUCCCCGCGGAAGCGCCUCAUCGAGGACGCGGCGGGGGAGAUCUCCGACGAGGAGGACCUCGUCGACAUGAUGCCCCAGCCUUCGCGGAAGAAGAAGAAGAAGGUCCAGGUCGACUCCGACGACGACCUGUCCCUGUCGCCGUUGGAAGCCAACGAGCCCACGGACGACGUCAUCGUCGGCGACCGGGACCUCGACGAGCCGGCGCCCAUGGACGCGGAGAGCUUCGCGGACGACGGCGCGGAGCCGGACGCGGACCCCUUCGCGGUCCCGGUGGCCGCGCCGCCGCCGACCGUGCCCUUCCAGCCGCCCUUCAUGGUGUCGUCCACCGUCGCCGAGGAGGAGACGGCCGCGCGCUUCCUCCACUGGUCGCACCGCGGCUCCGUGACGGCGCGCGCCGAGGAGGGCGGCCUCGAGUUCGCGUUCGAGGUCGAGCACUACGCCGAGGGCGCGGCGCGCGGCCGCGUCGUGCGCUUCGUCGACCGCCGCGACUUCACGCUCGGCACGCUCGGCGCGCGCGGCGCGUUCUUCGCGACGGGCGGCGACGACCUGGACGAGUCGCAGCUCUACUUCCGGCCGCUCAGUUCCUGGGCGUCCGACGGCGGCUGGUCCGCGAAGCUCCCGCCGGGCGAGUUCGCGACGACGCUCGCCGCCGGCGACGACUGGGUCGCCGCGACGACGUCCCGCGACCUCCUGCGGAUCUACUCCGGCGGCGGCGUCGAGGACGCGGUCGUCGGCGGGCUGGGCCGCGCGGUCGCGUGCUGCGCGCACAAGCGGUCCCUGGCCGUGGCCUACCACCGGUCGUCGCCGACGGCCGACGGCCAGCAGGACGUGUGGAUCCAGGUGCUGGACGUCGAGGGCCGGGCCGCCGUCAACGGCGACGGCUCCCGGCUGCCGCUGCCGCCCGGCUCGAAGCUCGCGUGGCUCGGCUUCAAGACCGACGACGGCGUGCUGCUCGCCAAGGACUCGUCGGGCUCCUUCUGGAUGCUGGUGGACGACUUCGGGUGGCGCUUCGCGCCGGCGUUGGACGCGGCGGCGAAACGCGUGAACGCGGGCGACCGCGAGUGGCCCGUCUUCGCCGUCCACGGCUUCGUGCACUGCGCCCUACUCAAGGGCGGCGCGCCCUACCCGCCCUGCCGCGGCGCCAAGCCCGUGCUCGAGCGCCUCGCGCUGCGCCAGCCGCACGCGUCCGCGGCCUGGGACGCGGCGGCGCGCGAGGCCGAGGCGGCCAUCGGCGCGCCGACGGCGCUCGCGCGCCAGCGCGCGCGCGCCGCGGGCGCGCGCGACGCGCUCGGCCGGCUCCACGCGCCCACGGCCCAGGACGCGGACCGCGACGCCUUGGACGCCGACGCGCUCGCGAAGGCGGCGACGGACGCGAUCCUCCAGCGCGACCGCGCGGUGCUCCGCCAGCUCGUCGCCGCCGCCAAGCAGCAGCUCUACCUCCGCGCCUUCGACCUGGCGCGGCGCCUCGAGCUGCCCGAGUCCCUCGACCUGGCGCUCCGCAUCGCCAACUCGCACGGCGAGGAAGCGCUGACGUCGCGCGUCGAGGACCUCGUGGCCUUCCGCAACGAGCUCGACACCCACGCGGUCGCCGACCACCCGGCGGCCCGGCCCCCGAGCCCGGCCUACGACGCGCCCGCGGAGGCCUACGAGCCCGAGCCCGACGCGCCGCCCGUCGCCGACGAGAACGACGAGGCGCCGCUCGAGGCGCCGCUCGCCCGCCGGUCCUCGAACGCGCCGUCGCCCGUCGAGGGCGCGCCGCCGGCCAAGGCACCGCCCGCGCCCUUCACGAACCCCUUCAAGAUCGGGGGCGGCGUCGGCGCCAUCGACAGCCUCCGCUUCUAG